GUCUUGCACAGGUGUACUGGCUCCUCCCCUUCAGUCUUGCACAGGUGUACCGGCUCCUCCCCUUCAGUCUUGCACAGGUGUACCGGCUCCUCCCCUUCAGUCUUGCACAGGUGUAUCGGCUCCUCCCCUUCAGUCUUGCACAGGUAUACCGGCUCCUCCCCUUCAGUCUUGCACAGGUGUACCGGCUCCUCCCCUUCAGUCUUGCACAGGUGUACCGGUUCCUCCCCUUCAGUCUUGCACAGGUGUACCGGCCCCUCCCCUUCAGUCUUGCACAGGUGUAUCGGCUCCUCCCCUUCAGUCCUGCACAGGUGUAUCGGCUCCUCCCCUUCAGUCCUGCACAGGUGUAUCGGCUCCUCCCCUUCAGUCUUGCACAGGUGUACCGGCUCCUCCCCUUCAGUCUUGCACAGGUGUAGCGGCUCCUCCCCUUCAGUCUUGCACAGGUGUAGCGGCUCCUCCCCUUCAGUCUUGCACAGGUGUAGCAGCUCCUCCCCUUCAGUCUUGCACAGGUGUACCGGCUCCUCCCCUUCAGUCUUGCACAGGUGUACCGGCUCCUCCCCUUCAGUC